AUUUUAAGUAUUCUGUACAUCACAUCUGUUACAUCAUAGCGAGGAUUCUUUUUUCAAGAUUUUAAUUUCAGAAUCUUUAGACCUCGCUGUUUAUCUACUGUACCAAUUUAUCGCUAAAUACAGUAACAAAAUUUUAAAAUGAGUGCCUGGAGACAAGCGGGUUUAAAUUACAUAAACUACUCAAACAUUGCCGCUAAGAUUUUGAGGAGAUCUCUGAAGCCGCAACUCCGAACGGAGGCAUUGCGUCGCGAUGAAUCCCACGUUCGUAUAACACCCUGGGCUAAUGGCAAACCAGCUCAUGAGAAAGACUAAACUUCAGGUAUCUUCAAAAUGCUGCGGCUAAGUAGACUGAAGAAGGAUGAAAUCGCCAUUAUAUUUUAGUCAUAUUUAAAUAAAUCUUGGUUUCAAAUGUUACUCUA